CUGCUUGUGUUCCCUCUCUCACUGGCUGUCUCUAUCUCUGUCAAAUAAAUAAAUAAAAAAAUCUUAAAAAAAAAAAAUCUUAAAAAAGAAAAAGUGGGAAAAUCUGACAGGACCCAAAAACUUCCCUGAGCCUUGAGGUGCUCUGUGGAUUUAGAGUGCAGGAAUUUCAGGCAGCAGCGCUGGAUGUCUCUAGAUCCCGUUCUUCCUUCUCCCAAUUUUAGGAUUGUGUCCCAGUAGCUCCCUGAAGACUUAUUCCUCUUGUUCUAGAAAACUUUUUUCUCCCCCCCCCCCCAUUUCUUUUUGCUCUGUAGGGCCCCUCCCGGGACUGAGAGGAGUAAGAUAGGAGAAGGAACCUGGGAUUUGUUGAUUAGCCUAAUGCCUUUGGCCAUCUGCCAGAGAUAGGUUAUAGCACCAGUGAGGAACCUGUAUGGCAAAAUGAUGGGAUGUUUGCACCAGUUUUUAGGAGGCACCAUAUGCCAUCGUUCACUGUUUCCCAGACGAGGGAACCCCUUAUCUAGACCCCUGGAAAUGAGAAAUGAAGAUCAAUUCCUGCACUGAUACAGGCUUAGAAAGGGGCGCUAUCAGGGUAAUGAAUGUGUUUAACUAGGGUAUUGUGCUGGGAUAACACGACAAAAAUAAAAGUCACUCUGAUUCGAUCUGACUUGCCGGUAGAUUCUAUUUUCUCAUUUUUCUACCUGCUAAGUACAUUGAAUGAGAACUGUUUUGGGGCCUCCUGUCCAGAAAUCAUUGGCAUUCCUGCCUUUUGCCUCCCUGCUUCCCCAGAAGAGACUGGGGAAUUUUUCCUGAUCUAGGUUCAGGUCUAGAGAAAUCCUUAGGGUGACAGGGAUAUGAGGCAGGAAGCGCAGUUAGCCACAAAGGGCGAUGGCCCUUUUGUCAGCAUGGGGCAAAGGUGAGGGGGAAAAGCCUGAGCCAGGAAGAGGUGGAUAAAUAUUUGUGAACAUCUGUCCUGCACUGUUUUCAGAAGGGCCAACUUUUUUUGGCUGGGGUGUAGAGAAGGUGAGCCCUAGGAAGUUGUCAUUCAGAUUAGAGAAGCACCGAGGAAAGGACGGGUUUGGGCCAUCUUGUUCCUCCGGCUUGUUUCUUUCUGGAGCAGUGUACUCUGUUUCAGACAUGAGUGGCCUCAGAUCCAUCACGAUACAAGUUGAGCUGCUUUUUUGCUACCUCUUGCUGCUCCCUGUGGAUGUCAUUUCAUACGGAAACCGGACAAAUAUUCCCUCAUCCUUGAGAUCCUGGCCACCUUCCUCAGACCCCUUGUCCUGCCAGACACUGCUCCCAAAGUCCCUGCAUGGCUUCACCCACAUGGCUCCUCUACCCAAGUUCCUGGUAGCCUUGCCACUGGUGAUCGCCCUGGAGAAAGCUGGUUGCCUGGCUGAUGUCUGGACCCUGCAAUUGCAGCUGUACCGCCAGGGGGGUGUACAAGCUACACAGAAACUCAUCCAACAUCUUCGAGCUCAGAAAAGCAGAAGCCCAGGGAGGGCAGUUUCAGUGGAUGCCCUGGUCUCUGCUCUACAGCUGUUGGCCAGGGAGCAACCAGGCCCCAAACGGACCGAACGCUCCCUCCCUAUCAAUGACUGUGAGCAGGAGCGAGGUGUGCACAAUAUACUCCAGUGGUUUCCAGGAGUGGAAACCUACUACAAUCUCGGCACAGCUUUGUAUUAUGCUGCUCAGAACUGUCCAGUCAAGGCCAAGGAACGAGGCCAAGAUGGGGUCAUAGAUAUGGGUUAUGACCUUCUGAUGACCAUGGCUGGAUUGUCUGGAGGACCCACAGGACUACUAAUCAACGUUGCACUUAAGCCUGCAGUGAAGGCUGGGAUUGAGCAGUUGAUCCAGUAUUACUAUGUGAAAGAGGCAAACUCUGCUCUGCCAGAGAUCAGCAGGGUUUGGGGGGGGACCUCAGACGUGAGUGACCUGGAAGAAACAACUACCGUGGCCUUUUAGUGUUGGUUCAGCUCGCUAAUUAGUUCAGGGCUUAUUUAAUGGCUAUGACUUAGAUCCUGGGAAUGGCAGUCUUGGGAUAUAAAAGGUGGUGAUCACAGAAUGAAUAAAUCUAAUAUUUUGACAAGCUGUAA